UGUCAUGAGAUGGAAGAUAAACUAUCAUACGGCACGCAGUCGGUAUUACAGCAUCGUCCAUUCCAGACGAGAGAAGCCGAAGGCCCUGCUCCAAAGUACACAAUGACGAAACCGAUGGGUAAUCACGCGCUUUACCGCGAGAUUGACUUGAACAGUUGGACCCGAGUUGGCAGUCUGUUUAUAAGCAGUGUUGGUGCCUACAGCUGGUGACGUCGUGGCAAUAAGAAACGGCGUCAUGUUUAGAAAAACCGUUCUGGUGUCUUGUCGACUCGCGGGAAGACGUUUCCGCAGCUCGGUUGUGGCUCCGUCGACCACCGACGCUUACGUCGCCGAGGAAGUUCAGAAGUUUUGCACAGAGACCCCCGUCGAACGUGCGACAACUCCCCCUUCAAGUUGGUUCACAGACCCUGCGAUCUAUGGACUCGAGAAGAGGACCGUUUUCAAGUGGAACUGGGUUGCUGUAGGCAGAACAGACCAGGUAGCCUCACCGGGACAAUACUUUACAGGGGUUGUCGGGGACGAACCUUUCCUUGUGGUGAGAGACAAGUCCAACAUCCUCCGCGGGUUCUUUAACGUGUGCCGACACCAUGCCGCCAUCCUGGCGGGGGAGGACGAGGGCACGGCCGACGCAUUCACCUGCUGCUACCACGGCUGGACCUACGGGCUGGACGGCAGACUCACCAAGGCCAUGCGACUACGCGGGAUCCAGAACUUCUCCGCCAGAAACUUUGGACUGAAGCCGAUGGCAGUGAAGGCGUGGGGCCCACUCGUCCUUGUGCGUCCGGACGGACAGGAAAAUGGGACUGACUUUGAGACCCAAGUGAUGUCCUUGAAAGCGCAGCUGGAUGAGCUCGGCUUCACCUCCGGGCUCCGGUUCGUGGAACGCCGCCGGUACCACGUCAACUGUAACUGGAAGGUGGUGCUGGACAACUACCUGGACGGAGGGUACCACGUGGAGUACCUGCACAGGAACCUGGCGUCCAACCUGAGCAUCGACACGUACCGCACGGAGGUGCAGGACCUGUUCUCUGUGCAGACGUGCUCCGGCAGCGGGGAGGACGACCAGUCCAUGACGAGACAGCGCAUCGGGAAGACGUCGAUCUACGGCUGUGUUUAUCCCAACCUGAUGAUCAACAGGUACGGGCCUUGGCUGGACACUAACAUCGCUCUGCCGCUGACUCACAACACAACAGAAGUCAUCUACGACUACUGGCUCGCCGAAGACUUCGCACAGACGAUGGGAGAGACGGAACUGCAGGAGUUUGUGCAGACGAGCUUGAGAGAGAGCGAUCAAGUCCAACAGGAGGACACCUUCAUCUGUGAGCGCGUUCAGAAAGGCCUCAAGUCGUCUGCUUAUGACGUCGGCAGGUAUGCGCCACGUGUGGAGAUGGCGGACCACGCCUUCCACCUGAAACUGGCGUCGGAUUUGAAACAAGGCGUUCGCACAAACGAACAGGCGAAUGGAAUUGCCGUACCCUGCAUGUUCUGAGAAGAUGUACUAGUAUGCUCAGGACUUCAAAUUGUAUCGUCCACCAAAGAUGGCCAGUUCAGGUUAUCAUGUACGCUACAGACAAAAGACAUCAUUUAAUGUGGUUCUGUCAGUUCUACAAAAGCACAAUGCAUACUAAUAAUCAGAAAAAUUCAGGAAAGAUUGUGCUGUACAUUUUUCAUAUAUACCAGCUUAUGAUGUAACUGUUACUGCCCCAAAUCUAUUGGAUAUUAGCAUGAAAAUUUACGUGAACUGCAGUUUACAAAGAGAUCACUAGAGGGCGCAAGUACUACACAGGACCCAUUAGAUUUCAUUGGGCAGACUGGGUCCUGGUAUGUACUACCAAGGUUAAAAAAGACUUGGUACUUCAUUUGUACAUACACUUCUUGCAUUUACUAAUUGUUUCAGUAAUAUGUAGAUGUGAAAUUUACAUUGUGAUAUCAAGGAAUUGAUAAAAACAAAGCUGAUUGUGAUUCACCAAAAAACUUGAUCUGCUAUAGUUCAUGUUGGCAGGGACUAACACGCAUGCUUAAUGCGAUGGACAUGAGAUUCACAAGACCAGAAGCACACAACCACUUACUGUAAAUGCAGAAACUUUUGCGGUAGUUUAAUAUUAGUUUGCGGUUUUCGCGGUGGCCAAUUCACAGCAAAUCUAAAACCACCUUGAACAUCUUUCCAGGCAGUAAGAGACUACAGUGCGUGGUGCUACCGCGAACUCAAAACCACCGUGAAAAGUCCUUUUUCCCAGUACCGCAAAAUUAAAUGCAUUUACAGUAAUUUAAUGGAUGACAUUGAUUGUUGCUUGUUCUAAACAAUGUGGCCACAUGUCACUCAAUAGCACCCCUGUCCAAUCAGAAUUCUCUACUUGCCCUCUGGGGUAAGGGGACACAUUUAGUGCAUGGUGCCACAGCGUCCUCAUUCCUCUCUUUUAAACAAUAAUCGCAAUAAAACAUGAUUGAAAUGGUCUCAUCAUUCAUGACUGUCUCUUACUGCCUUAUCAUAAGUUAACAUAAGACAAACCAAGCCUGCGAAAAAAUGGACUGGGUGUUAAGUCCUGUGAUUAAGCAGUAUUUUGUUAUAGCUAGAAUUUUUUUUCUUUUUUACCCUCAUGCAAUACUUUCGAGGUCUCCUGCGGAUGAGGUCAUCAAUAAAAUUAUGAUGGUAUGGCCUACCAUAAAUAACACACCACACUUUAUUACAUGUUGUACAAAUGGUUUAUUGGAACAGGUUGGACCUACAGACAUUAUAAUAUGGCUGAUCAGGUGCUGAUGGGGGAGUUACAGGUGUCUACCUACUGGACCCAAGUAGUCUCAAAUCAUCACUACGUGGGACAAAAACAUCCCAGCUACAACACAGUCUUCUUUGCAUUAGAAUACAGUAUAAACAGCUCCCCCUAUCAGAUUAACGUGCUACUACAUCACUUCAUACAGAUUGAUGUUCUAGUUUAAUCUUCAAUCUUACAAGUGGUUCUGUACGUGCACAAAUGUUAACCAGAAUAAAUUGCAGAAAAAGUACAGCAUGUCUCCCCUCACUGACUGGGCAACAGAGGGUCACCACUUCUUGUUAGUCAGUGAGGGAACACAGCAUAUCCUUGUACGAAAAUAUCAAGAAAAUCUAUAAUACUCAAAAUUUAUCUUCACUUGACACAGGAAGUUUUCUAACUCCACUGUGAUGGAUUAAUUGAAAAGUUUAUCAUAAGAGGUUAAAAAUAAUAACAAGAACUGAUUAACUAAACAAUACAAUAUAGAUUUUAGAAUAUAAUACAUUAUCAAAAAAUCUAAAAGGUAGUGAGAAGUAACAAGUGGCAACAUGCUCUUUAAAAUAUACGGUACCCUUCUUUGGUCAGAACAAAAUAUGCUAAAGGUGUAAUCAGUAUUUU